ACUUGACUUCUGUCCACUUCUGAGUUCUGAGUUCUGACGUCUGAGGAACAACCUAGCAGAGCGUGCAUCCGCGAAUUGAUCUGAUGGGGAGAUCGCCGUGCUGCUGCCGCGACGCGAGCGUGAAGAAAGGGCCGUGGACGGAGGAGGAGGACAAGACUUUGGUGGAGUACAUCCAGAAGCGCGGCGGGAACGUCGGCCGCUGGCGCGGCCUGCCCAAGGCCGCCGGGCUCAACCGCUGCGGCAAGAGCUGCCGCCUCCGGUGGACCAACUACCUCCGCCCCGACAUCAAGCGCGGCAACUUCUCCGACGACGAGGAGCGCCUCAUCAUCACCCUCCACGCCGGCCUCGGCAACAAGUGGUCGACGAUCGCAACACACCUGGAAGGCCGGACAGACAACGAGAUCAAGAACUACUGGAACACGCACAUCCGCAAGAAGCUCAUGCGCAUGGGCGUCGACCCCGUCACCCACCAGCAGCUGCCACCUGCUGAACAGAGCCACGACCACCUUCCCGAGGCGCUCCUCUGGGCGGCGGCGGUCGCCAGCCUGGGCGGCCUGGACACUGGCGCUCUCAUGCAGGCGCAGCUUCUGCAGCAGCUCCUCCGGACAAUCGGCUCCAACAACAGCACCACCGGCCUCAUAGCCAACCUGGCUGCAGCAAACACAAUGCUGAACUCAAGCAGCAGCAUCGUUCCGAACCAGAUGGACUACCUGCAGCCGGAUUAUCUCUGCAACACCCCCAGUUUUGCAGAGCAGCACGUGGUGCAGCAGCAGCAGCUGACCAAUGAUACGUCUCCGGGAACGAGCUCCUUUGCAGCAGCUGAACCGGCUGACCAGCUCUGCAACACUGCCGCAUCAUAUGAUGUUGCACCCGCCGGCGAUUGGUCGCCGGCGCAGGAGUUCGGCGGCUUGCUGGAGCCCAUGAUGGAGCUGCCCGGGCUGUGCUCUCUGGAGGGUGACUCUUUCUGGGAGGACAUACUAGAGGAGAGCUACCGUUUGUAGCUUCCUCCUUCCGGCAGAAACAAAUGUGUUGUGUAUGACAGUUUUGUACAGAGUUAGAUCCAUCAGAACGGUGUACUGCAACAUGCAUUGAUUUGUUUGUGUGUUCAUUGUAGUUUUUCCGGUAGAUUUGCCAGUGAAUUUGAAGGUUGUCAA